GACUGGGCCUCCCACACCCUCGGAGUCUUCAUCUGCCUGAGCUGCUCCGGGAUCCACCGCAGCAUCCCACAGGUCAGCAAGGUGAAAUCGGUGCGCCUGGACGCCUGGGAUGAGGCCCAAGUGGAGUUCAUGGCCUCCCACGGGAACGAAGUCGCCAGGGCUACAUAUGAGGCCAAGGUGCCCUCCUUCUACUACCGUCCAUCCUUCUCCGACUGCCAGCUCCUCCGGGAGCAGUGGAUCCGAGCCAAGUACGAGCGGAAGGAGUUCAUCCACCCCGAGCUGCAAGAGCCCUACUCAGCAGGGUACCGAGAAGGGUUCCUGUGGAAACGUGGCCGUGACAAUGGGCAGUUCUUGAGCCGGAAGUUUGUGCUGACUGAACGUGAGGGGGCCCUGAAGUAUUUCAACAAGAAUGACGCCAAGGAGCCCAAAGCCAUCAUGAAGAUCGAGCACCUCAAUGCCACCUUCCAGCCAGCCAAGAUCGGCCACCCCCACGGCCUGCAGGUCACCUACCUGAAGGACAACAGCACUCGAAACAUCUUCGUCUACCACGAGGAUGGGAAGGAGAUUGUGGAUUGGUUCAACGCACUGCGGGCGGCCCGCUUCCACUACUUGCAGGUGGCCUUCCCAGGGGCCAGUGAUGCUGACCUGGUGCCCAAGCUGUCCCGCAAUUAUCUGAAGGAGGGUUACAUGGAGAAGACAGGACCCAAGCAAACGGAAGGUUUCCGGAAGCGCUGGUUCACCAUGGACGACCGCAGACUCAUGUACUUCAAGGACCCCCUGGAUGCCUUCGCCCGAGGAGAAGUCUUCAUCGGCAGCAAGGAGGGUGGCUACUCGGUGCUAGAGGGGCUCCCGCCAGCCACCCAGGGCCACCACUGGGCCCACGGGGUGACCAUCGUCACGCCUGACCGCAAGUUCCUGUUCGCCUGUGAGACAGAGGCUGACCGCCAGGAGUGGGUGGCUGCCUUCCAGGGUGUGAUGGACCGGCCAAUGCUGCCCCAGGAGUAUGCAGUGGAGGCUCACUUCAAGCACAAGCCCUAG